UUACGAAAUAAUUGUAUAAAAAUGGAAUUGGAUACUUCAGAAACGAAUCUUGUAAUAUGGACAAAGAAACAUCGGACUUUCUUAUUCUGCAAGUUAUAUUGGAGGUCUAUAAUUAUUGUUAUCACGCCAAUCCUUCUUCUUCCGAUUGCUCUUAUUGGAGAAAACCAAGCGUACCCCAGUUUCUUCGUGUUUCUGGUGACGGGUGUGUACUGGAUCGCGGAUGUGUUGCCACCGGCGGCCAUUUCCCUCGUCUCAUUGGCUUGUUACGGCGUUAUGGGCACCGGGUACAUCCAACAGGUGUACAUGUGCAACGAAGUCCUGGACUGCCUCGGCGUGAUGAUGCUGAUGGCUGCAGUAGAAAAUAGCCAAGUACAUAAGAGGGCAGCACUGAGACUACUUAUCACUAUCGGGUGCUCACAUUACAGGUUAAGUUUGGUGCUCUUCUUCAGUGCCAUGUUCCUUUCAAUGUGGAUUCCUAAUACGGUGGCCUGUGGUCUUCUGAUGCCUUUAGUCAAGGCUUUACUACAGGAACUUGAGAAGAUGGGAAUAGUUGAUAUGUAUCAAACUAUUGAAAAAACUGAACAAAGAUCUCAGAAGCAUGAAUUGAGUCGUCCAAGACCUACAGAUUUCACUGUGUUUUACUUUUUGGGUAUCACAUAUUCUUGUUCGAUAGGUGGCAUGGCGACGCUGCACGGCAGUCAGGCAAACCAAAUAUUCAAAGAAUAUAGCGAAUUGCUAUUCCCUAAGCUGGGCAAGAUCACAUUUCCCCAGUUUAUGCUGCUGACGCUACCAGGAGUGCUGGUCACGGAGACGAUGCUCUACAUCUGGAUGAACUCCUUCUUCUUGAAAAUUUUUAGGUCUAGCGACGUGGCGAUCCCGACAGGGCUGACGGAGGAAGAAGCUCGCUACAUCAAGACUCAGCUACGGAACCAGUACAACCAGCUGGGGACGAUCAAGUUCCAUGAUAUUGUCGUAGCCACGGCUGUCCUGUUGGCGGUGGCUCUGCAAAUGUUCACAAGUUCUUUACGUCUCGCCACCGGACCGGAGAGAGAUGUUAACAUGCACAUCAAGGUAUCAGCCCCAACUAUCUUCUGUGUAUUGCUCCUGUUCAUUAUACCAUCAGACUUAGAAUUUCUGAAGUUCUUCAAGAAACGCAACAACUCAAUGCAUCGCCGUUUACCGACUGCGCCGAGUAAGGCGUGCCUCAAUUGGACAAUAGUGCGAGACAACAUUAUGUGGGGUGUUUUAUUUACAGUAGGCGGCAGCUGCGUAUCAUUCGAAGCCCUAAAGCGCUCCGGAAUGACGGCAGAAUUCGGCAAGUUUCUACAUCUUCUGUACAACUGGCCAAGCCCUGUGUUGGCUCUAGUCGUCAUCCUGUUCGGCAAGGUCCUCACGGAGUUUGCCAGCAACUCUUGUGUGGUCUAUGCAGUGCUGCCAGAGAUAGCAGGCUUGAGCAUCAAGUCCUUCACGCACCCCCACUACCUGAUGCUGGCUGCGACUCUAGCCAGCUCUAUGUCGGCCCACCUGGCGCCGUCUACACCAUCUCUGGCCAUGGUCAGCCAGUACGUCCACAUUUCCACGUGGAGAAUGAUGUCAGCUGGAGUGGGGCCCUCGGUCAUCACCGUCAUCGUCACGUGGUUCACCGUCACUCUAUGGUCGAAGAUCAUCAUACUGGACUAGGCUAAGCUUACUGCAUCCAUGCGCCUUCACCAACUUGAAAAUUGUCAUUUUCUCUAAGUAGGAACAUUUCUGAGUCGCUAAGUAACGUAAGCUAAUCCGUUAAGUAAUUGGACCAGCAGUGUACGGUGAAUGGUUAAUGUCGGGCGAUAAUUUGUCAGCGUGGUGAAAUAGGGGCCAGCGGGCCGUUUUUUACCUUGGGGAAAUGCGUUUAUGCAUGCCACUAAGUCCGGGGGAACCAGAGAGGAUAACGGACUAACAAGUGGAGGACUACCGUCUAAAACCACAGGCGACUCCUCCUUAGAUGGGGUACCGCAGGGUUGCUAAUGUUGCUAUCAGCAUUCGACCGCGUGCGCCCCGGCGGGCGGCCUGUAGGCCGCAGAUAUUUUGGGUACCAGUUGGUCAGACAUCCCCGUCCUGUGAGCUUUUAAUUCUCCUGACUCCACCGGAGCCAUAGCACCUGGCUCUGCUCCCAGCCCAUCGUCGGCGAAGUGGAUGCGCGUCAGGGUCAUUCUCGCGCGUACGUGCCGCUGUCUCCUUCUGCGACAUAAUUUCGUCAUCGCCUCCCAUGCCUCCUCGCUGUCGAGCAUGGCAUUAACAAUGAUAGGCAACGAAAGGUCUGCUCCUAGUGUUUCCUGAAAGGGUGGAGGGGCCAGAGGGCGUAACCGAUGUUCGCAAAUUGCGGGCAUCUUUCUCUUUUACUCCAAUUAAGGCGUAAUUAAAGUGACAGAGAAAUAUGCCUGCAAUUUGCGAACUUCGGUGUUGGCGGUAGGCCCUCUGGUCUUCUAUUUAAUUCGACGAUGCAUUUUAAAUUUGAAUAUGUACUUACUCCAGGUAAUCUUUAGGUGCUAAUUUCUCUGACCUGAGUGACCUGAAGAAGUGGCUCGAUCUCUUCUCUCAGUUUUCUUCUCUCGUGUGUCAUAAUGGACAGGAAAUAUGAAUGUAAUUUAAUCAAAAGUCAUGCUUAAUUUUAUAGAUAACUGAAUUAUCCGCACUUAAUCCAAAUCCGCACUUAUCCCAACAUAAGUACCUACUUUACAUACAAUAUGAUAUCAAUAUGUCACUUGUAUUCGUGUACAAGGGAAAGAUGGAAUAGACCCUAAAAUGAGAGAACAUGAUAACAUAUUAUUGUUUAUUAUUUAGUUGGUAACAAUUGUAACGUACAAACAUGCAAAAUUAAUCAUCGCGCGAUUUUAAAAAUACUUACAUAUUAUAGGCGUUAUCCUUAUUAUAAUUAUAUUAUUUAUAAUAAAAUGUGUUCUGAUAAUAUUCGUCAAUAAAUGUAAUAACAAAUUAUAACAA